UAAUUGUCGGCUUGCACAGCAAGGCUAGCUUUAAUAUCUCCUUUUAUUAAAAAAUGUUGCUAUGAUGGGGAAUUUUGAAGCGAUGUGCUCACAUGUCUCCCUUUUGAUCUAGAGAUACACGGAUUCUUGGGACUUGGCUGCAAAGUCUUAAAUCGUCCCGCAUCCGCGUCUUCAUCAUCAGCCUCCUCUUAUCCUGUCCCUUGGCUGUCAGGUCUCGAGCGUUACAGACAUAUGUCCUUUUAAACCUUCCGAUGCCCUGUUGAACCUCAGUUGCAACAAGGUUCACCAUGCUCACCCCGGAGCUCGGUUCUCUCUUGGUGGAGCGCCAGGCUGCGAACGCAUCGACCCCUCAAUACAAGGACGAGUCGAAUGCUGCAAACCUGCUAGCCAUCCAUGGCACUUUCUGUGGUGUAGCAGUUUUGUCUGUGUUGCUUAGACUCUAUGUGAGAAUUUUCAUGCUCAAGAGCGUCGGGGCCGAUGAUUAUCUUAUUGUUGCUUCAGCGGUUAUUUCCAUCGGAGUUUUGGUAUGCUUCGCAGGUGAAGCCGGUGCUGGUGGCUUAGGUCGACAUCCAGCUCUUGUUGACGCAAAGGAUUGGGAGAACUUCAUGCAUUGGCGGUUCUUUCACUCUUUGAUUGUCAUGGUGGGAAUCUCCCUGGUGAAAAUCUCCAUCGCCUGCUUCCUCCGUCGAUUUGCACCACAGAAGAACUAUCAGCGUGUCUUGAUCGGUUCAAUCAUCUUUUUGGUUGCAUUCACGAUUUCUUGUGCCGGGACCUUGAUAUUCAACUGUGGUGCAAAGCCCCAAGCCAACUGGGACUUUGCAUUGCGAGUCAAUGGACAGGCCAAAUGCUUCUCGAAUACUACCUUUACCAAUAUCGGCAUCUUCAACAGCAGCAUCAACAUUGCGACCGAUGUCCUCUUCGCUCUACUGCCUAUACCUAUCGUCUGGAAUUUGCAAACCAACAUGCGGACCAAGAUUACCCUCAUCUUCAUUCUAAGUCUGGGUCUGUUCGCCUGUGUUGCCAGUAUCGUCAAGACGGUCUACCAAGCCAACGCACUCAUGGACCCUGACUGGACGUUCCGGGACAGCUUCUUCAUGUGGAACAACAUCGAAUUCAACAUCGGGAUUUUGGCCGCGUCGUUGCCUGCUCUCCGUCCACUAUUCUCCAAGAUUCUCGGUGCCACCCAGAAGUUCACCUCGAGCGCAAGCCGUAACAAACAGAACUAUGCAGGGUACGAUGCCGACGGUCUUGCGUACCGUAAGAACGAUGCACGGAACUCUCGGAAUCCUGCACGACAAUAUUAUCAGUUCGACUCACAGCACUCGACCGAGCUGAAUGACCUGCACAGGGGUGCCAGCAAACGAGCAUUCGGAGACGACCCUAACAAGGUGCAGGGAGUCACCAGCACCGUCACGGCUGGUGAUGAUGGCAGUGACAAGAUCAUGCUUGAGCAAGAUUUCCAUGCCAUCGGAACGGACAAAGAGUGGGAGAAGCAAAACCCGGGGAUAACCAAGACUACGACGGUACAAGUCACGAGAUAUUGAGGCGUUGGUUGACGCGAGAUAUGGAGGUAUCUCCAGGGUCAAUAACAGCAUAAGAGCAAGGGAAGAUGUCAUAGCGCACAUCAUGACUGCCCUUGUCUCGAUUGCUACGAGUAAAGGCCAUUUUGGUUUACGCGACUGACGCAGUUGAUGAGGAGACACCCGGCGAGAGUUUGUAUUUGUAUAUACCAAAACGUCUUUUUGCGACACGUUGGACAAUGGAUCACGGCACAAACACACAUGGACGUUUUCCACCUCCCGCGGGUUCGCAUUCCAGAUCGAGAAUAUUUUCUAUCGCAACAUGUGUACAUAUACAUAGCUGUACAUACUGUAUCUCUAUCCGU